GGCUAUCCAACGUUGGUAAAAGUUCUCUGAUUAAUACUCUUCGGCGAAAAUCCGUUUGUAAGGUUGCACCUAUACCAGGAGAAACGAAAGUUUGGCAGUAUGUUGCUCUCACAAAGACUAUUUUUCUUAUUGAUUGUCCCGGUGUCAUUUAUGAUCGCGAAACAAACAAUGAUGUUCAGGCCGUUUUAAAGGGAGUUGUACGUGUAGAACGCUUGGGAAAUGUAGACAAGACAGAUGUUGUAAAUACGGUUCUUGAGAUUGUGAAGCCUAAAGACAUAGUUGCCACAUAUGGUGUUUCUGACUGGAGGGAUGUGAAUGACUUCCUUGAAAAACUGGCAAAGCUUAGGGGUAAACUUGUUAGUGGCGGUCAACCCGAUACAGAAGCCGCAUCGCGUAUGGUUCUCUACGACUGGCAAAGAGGACGAAUCCCGUGGUUCAGCGCUCCACCUUUUGAUUCUAAUAAGCAAUAUCGUGAUGCCUUGGAGCUACCAGAGGCAAAACAAAUGAAACUAAUUGAACAUUAUGGCACGUUUAACAUAGUUGAAGGUGCUAUGGAUCACAAUGAAAAAUCUGAUGAGGAAACAUUGCAGAAUACUUGUGACUAUUCUGGGGCUGAUUCUUCCAAUGAAAAGCAAAUUCAGAAGAGUAAAAAAGAAACGAAUAUCCACGCGACAGUUGCUAGUUAUAUGUCCGAGCAGAUCAUUUUGAAAAAGAAGGAACAACGAAAGAGGUCCAUGUCCGAACCUGCCAUUAAAAUUCCUCGAGCCAAGGAGACGAAUAACAACUAUAAUGAUGAUGAUUUAUGGAAUCGUUUCCUUGCUGCAGCCAAAAAAUGA